UUCAAUUUCAUUCAACAUGUUGUGCUCAAAAUAUUUUUCUGUCAGCUUUCUAUUAUUCAGCCUCUCCCUCCAUGCAGUCAAUUGUGCUGAUCCAUUAUACCAUGUUUGUUUUAGCGAGGAAAACUACACUGCCGAUAGCCCUUAUGGUACAAACCUGAAUGGCUUGCUCAAUCUUUUGUCCUCCAAAGUUCCUUCAGAAGGGUUUGGGCUCAACUCGACUGGGCAAGGCCAAGCUCAAGCAAAUGGUUUAGCCCUGUGCCGAGGUGAUGUCUCAGAAACAGACUGUGAGACCUGUGUCAUUGAUGCAGGCAAAGAUCUUGGUGAUCGUUGUCCUUACAAAAAAGGAGCGAUAAUUUGGUAUGAUAACUGCCUUUUAAAGUACUCGAACAUAGAUUUCUUUGGAGAAAUCGAUAACGAAAACAAGUUCUACAUGUUGAAUGUCGAAGAUGUAGAAAAUCCCACUUCAUUUAAUCCAGAAGUUAAGGAUUUGUUAAGCAGGUUAUCUAAUGAAGCUUAUGCCAAUCCAAAAUUCUAUGCUACCGGGGACCUAAAUCUUGAUUCAUCAAGCAAACUAUAUGGUUUGGCUCAGUGCACCAGGGACCUUUCAGGUCUUGAUUGUAAGAAUUGUCUUGAUACUGCGAUUAGUGAACUUCCCAACUGUUGCGAUGGAAAACGAGGUGGGCGAGUUGUUGGAGGCAGUUGUAACGUUAGAUAUGAACUUUACCCCUUUGUUGAUGCCUAGACUGUUAUGGUUUCCUAUGUUUAUGUAUGAAACUGUGUAAUGUAAUAUGUUUAAAAUUAAAUAAAAUUGUCCAAUGAGACAACUUA